GCGCAGUCGCAACCGAAGCGCUGUGCGCGCGACGCGCACGACAGACUAUCGAUUAGAGCGCGCGAUCGGAACAUGUGAACUGUGAAGGACGUGUUUAUUAUUGUGUGAACUUAAUGUUUAUAACCAGCUUCAGAAUCAGUGGAUUAUAAGUCUGAGGAUAGGUGGCCAAUGUGAUUUGAGUGUGUGUCGACGAGCUUAUGGGGCAAUGCGUGUCCCGGAGUCAUCCGGGCCCGUAUGCCUUCUCUAGACACUACGAUGCCGAGAGCCUAGCGAGCAGCGUCAGCGGGUUCACUAGGAAGGGUCACUCUGAAUCGAAAGGAGCCAAGAAGAGGGACAAAAGCGCGAGUGGGAACGGGAACGGCAAGCCCAGCCGUGGGGUGGCCACAUCGUUCGGGUUCCGAAGACGGCCGGCCAGCACUUCUCGGGCUGACGACAACGCCCGAAGGAAGCAGAAACAGCAGGACAAAAAUGGGAAUGGAGGGUCGACAGAGGACCUUCGGGCUGAGGAGGUGCUGUCGGGACGGUCCACGCCGCUGGCACGCCCUCGCAAGGAGACCGCGGGGCAGCCUCUGCGAACUAACAGGUUCGGUUUCAGGCAGCCGCACUCCAAGACGGCGAAGGUGGGGGACGUGAGCCUGGCUGCGGAGCCGGCCUUCGGCGCCAACCCUAAGGAUAAGGACACAGCCAUCAAUAAUAAUGCUUUAGAUAAGAAAAGUACAAAUUCGCCGUACAACCAGCUGCCGCCGCUCGCAACGCAAGUGUCAGCCGCCGGCGUCACCACCAUCGUCGGCGCCACUGGAGUGCCCAAGACGGUCACCAAGCAGACCGUCAUCCUCACGUACCAGCCUCAGCAAUAUGCGGUACAAGAGGGCAGGGCCAAGACUGGGGCCAGGGCUGAAACCCCCCGUGGGCCCGGGCCCCGCCAGGGCAGCGACAUCCAGAAGCCCCCGGGGAAAUACACGUUCCAAACCAACCAGCUGCCGAGGCCGCAGUACCCCGCUGUCAAGAACAUAGACGCGAAGACGGCUAAGCAGGUGGUGAAUAAUACUAGGAAGGCAGGAUCCUCCGAGGGAUGGAGGGAAGGUGCUGGGUCAGCGGUAUCUUCUGACUCGGGCGUGUGGACGGGCGGGGAGUGCGGGGGGGAGGGCUCCCCGCGCGCGCGCCGACGCCCGCGCAACCUGGAGAUGGUGAUGAAGGGCUCGCACAGCUUCCACCUCCGAGAGCUGCAAGUGGCCGACCUUGAUAUUAUGGACGAAGCAGUCGUGACAGGGCACGCCGUGAUUCCCCUGCCAAAGCUGCCCAGUUCCUUCGACGACGAGUUAUCUCCCGAGUACGAUACUCCAGCACCCACCUACAAGCCCCCAUCGCCUAUCCUACCCAAGCCGGCGCCUCCGCCUGAAACGUCUAACAGACAGAACUCGCCCAUGUCGACCCUGGACCGCUAUAGAACCAGGACCAGGCCGACUAGGAUCCAGACAAAUCUGGAUUAUAAGGACGAGGAAAAGUUCGUGCUGGAUCGGGCGCAGCCUGAGAUGUUGAAUAAACAGAAUUCGUUUACAAAAUCAUCCAGUGGUGUCGUGUCACCUACCACGGUGAACUCCAGCAAGGAAUCCAGUCCGUCUUGCAAGAGCGAGGAGAGCCAUUUCGGAAACAGCAGCGCCUGGCAAAGCCAAGCUGCUGGAGAAGCUAUGGCUACAAGAUCACAAGACGAUGUCUCCAUCGCCCUCAGCGUCUCCAGCUGUGAGGACGACAAGUCCAAGUUUGAAGUCAAGGAAGCGCCAAAGCCGGUGGAAAUGGAGAUUCCCAAGAAGACAAUAGUCAUCAUGGAUGAACCACCUGUUCCUCAUCCGCUUCUGAUGAAAUCGUUGACUCUUAGUCAACAUGACUCGCUACGUAGUACUAUGAUGGGGUCGAUGACAAGUUCCAACUACAGCACUACGAGCACGUGCACAAACCAGAGUGGAAUCCAUGACAACCUGACGCUCACGUUGGAAGAGUCCAAAUUCGACAUGUCAGCUCUGGAAACGUCCACGCAAAGUCUUCUUGACGAUGAGACGUCUCCAGCCGACAGCCUGAUAUCUUCCACCAGCACCAGUGACUCCAACAACGAGUUGCACAUAGAAAGAGAUCCACCUUCCAUAUCCUCGGCGUAUCAGACUGCUAACACCAAGACCAGGACGCCAGAGCCGGUCGUCGAGGAUCGGGUUGAUGGAGAGUUGUUGCAGCCAGUGAAAGAAAUAAUUGAAUUGAGGAGCGUCUGUAGCGGGGGAGAGGCCAGCAAGAACAACACUCCAGAGUCUCCCGGCACUCCCACACAUGCUUCUGGCUCCCUGUCCCUGUCAGAUGGGCGGGACUUCUUCGACGAUGAGAUUGCCGACCAGCCAGCGUUGCUGUUCCGAAAAAACAAUGACGGCAGUUCAGCAAACAAAGAAGAAGCGGGCAGACAACUACGGAGGUCUAGGGAGCGCAUCACAUCCAGUCCCCUAGCGCAGAGGAAUAGAAAACUUUGCAACGGUCGGAACGGUGGAACGGAGCGGACCAACUCCCUUGACACGCUGUCGAGCCUGGCUUCCGACGACCUGAUGAUGGACAACGACCUGGCACAGUCCGUCACCAGUUUGCAGAGCGUUGAUGAUUAUAUUGAGAGGCUGGACAGCAGCCUUCGGAGUGGUUUGAAUUCCCUGGACGAAAAGCAGCUCCGUCAAGAGUUGUCGUCAUCCAAGACCGCAGUGCGGCAGUGGAGUCAGCUGCUGGAACAGAACAACUUCUUGGACCGCCAGCUGGCGGCCAUGGCGCAGGGGAAGACCGGACCGGACUCGCUUACCGCGAGCAAUAACAGCCUUACUAACAUCGGGGCCAGCCUACCAGUACGCACAGCUCGCUUGCUGCAGCGCUCGCGCACGCAGACGCCGUCGGACGCUGCGAGCGAUGGCACCGCGUCGCCUGCGCCCGCGCCGGCCACGCUUCUGCAAGACGUGGUCGAUAUCAAGACCCUGCUGCUGCAGCUCAAGCGGGUCUUACAGGAGCCCGGGGAGGAGCAUCAUUCGAUGAGUAGCGAAACUCUCGACCCGUUGCUGGCGGCGUGCGCGGAGAGCCCCGCGCGCGGCAACGGGCGCCGCCCCCCCGCCUCGCCGCUCAACCCCGACGCCUGUGCAGAGAUGCGGCGCCAAAUACUAUAUCUGCAGGGGCAGUUGGAAGAGCGCGACCGUCUGGUGCGCGUGCUGCAAGCGCAGAUGCUGCGCAUGGCGGAGGGCCACGAGCCGCGCGCCGACGACACCUGUAACGUCGCCACGCAGACCGAUAGGUUGCGGCCCCCGAUGAGUACGGCGCUAACGAGUUCUGAUAAUUCCGGAUUAGUGAGUUGGAAUGAACAAGCUAGCGCUCGCAAGCUGCCCGCGUACAGUGAAGCACAAAAGAGCAAGCGGCCCCUAGCGGCUGUUAAGUGUACUUGCGGCGCGCGAAAGCCCGACGACCGGCCCGACGUCACCCUUAAAGGAAACAGUCGCGUCGGCUCCAAGUACCUCCAGGCACUCGGCCGCUAUAAACGCGACUCCUCCCUAGGAGAAUCCGCCGACCGAUCGCCCAAGAUCUCCCUCUACACCGGCCGCUCCCGGUCCAUAGAGAACUUCCACAACCAGUACCCAGCCCCCGAAACGCUACGACACGCCGUCAUCGACGAAAACUCCCUACUCAAACAUCACACGUCAUACGGCGAUCUGUACAACGGACGAAUCGGCAGCAAGGAGAGCGUCAACGGAAACCGCCACAGCCCAAGCUUAAACGGCCAGUCUACGGAUACGGAUUACAGUUCCGACGGCGGCUACAAGUCGCUGCCGUCGUCCAUCAACUGCAACGGACACUCGCCGAAGAAGGUCAGUGGCAUUCCGCGGAGGUCGAUCGAGCAGAAGUUCCUUUCCGCUAAGCACAUCAAAGCGAGCGCUAUUUGAACGCACCGAACCGGUUGAUAACUUGGACGCGUUUGCUCUGUUCCGAAGUGACUGACGUUUUUGAAAUCGUAGUCUUUCUAGUCUAUUAGGUUAGGACCUUAAUCGGAGUCCUUAGACCAACUAUAAUAAUAUAGAUAACGAGAUCGCUUAAAAUUUUGCCAUCAAUAAUGACAUACUUUAGCACGUGUGAAUGUGUGUAUAUGAAGUAAGCGAAUGAGAAUAGCUUCGCAAAAAUAAAAUAUAUUAGACUCUGAUUAAAGUCUUCGGGAAAUUUUACGUUCAAACGAUUAUUGUCAGUCAUUGACGGUUCGUUCAGAGGAAACGCGUUCGGAGGCGACUGGUGUAUCUCAAUUGUGAUAUGUUGAUUCGUCUUGUAUGACAAAAGAUGGUCAAUAAAUAGUUUUGCCUCAAGUCGCACUGGACGAAUUUAAGCAAUAGUUGAUACUGUACGUUAAGGAAGGCCUCUGUGACAAUAUCAUCAAUACGUAGUCAGUUCAUUUUAGUCACGGAGAUAUAUUUAAGUCGACAAAUGGACUGAUAUUAUUUACAUAUUUACUAUUAA